GUCGUCACUGUGUGCAUCUAAUGGCGGAAUUUUUUUCCGAAUCGGUUUCGUUCCGCAGUUUUUCGGGUUUUGUCCGCGAACUGGUCGUGUUUUCGGCCGUUUCUUCGAGAGAGAUCUAUCGCGUCACAUCCACCAACUAGAGGAAAAUGUUUCCGAAUUGCGUGUGAGUCAAAACAGUGAGUGUUGUGAAAGUAAAACCUUCAUAGUCUCCCCUACAUCAGGAAGGGUUGAGCGUGAGUGCAAUUGCAGAACAGUGCGGCAAUGGAAGUGCAAAACAGUAAAAAACGCCGCCCAGCUCCUUCGGUGGAGGAAGAUCUGGAUGCAUCCGGAUCAAAACGGCUUGAAAAAUCCCUGGCCAUGAUGACCGUGAAUGUGGUGGAUCUUCUAAAGAAGGCUCCAAAGGGAAUACUGAAUCUGGGCGAGGCAACUAAAAUAUUGGCAGUCCGCCAGAAACGACGAAUCUAUGAUGUGACCAAUGUCCUGGAAGGCAUUGGGUUGAUCGAAAAACAUGGGAAAAACAGCGUCAAGUGGCGGGGAGAUUCUUUCACUCCAGACCCACGUGAAGUUACACGCAAAAUGCGUCUGCUAAAGCAUGAACGCAGUUCUCUUCUGGCGUACGAAGCUAUCAUAGACGAGCGCGUGAAAAUAAUCCGCCAAUGUACGGACAUAGCCAGUCACAAUGAGUCUACUUCAUCGUAUGCCUAUGUCACUAGCGAAGACAUAACGGACGUAUUUGGUGUACAAACUACAAACAUUGUCGCGAGGAAACCAAGUGAACCCAUAUCGGUCAACAGCACAUCUGAAACUGUCAGUUUUUCGUCGUCCGAAGGUGUUUCGAUGGAUGUGAGAUUACUUCGCGAACCGAAUGGAACUUGCUUCAGUAGACCGAUUAGAAGGGCUAACGUACGGCGUAAGCAAAAUAAAGACCAAUAUAAACGGCUAGAAGCCUGCAAGUGGGAUAAAGAAAGUGCAAUACAGGUCCAGCAUGAGCUGGACUUAGAUUUGAGCGGAAAUUCGCAAAUAGAUAAGGCAGAACAUGAACAACUGGAGCAACGGUUGGAUGCUCAAAUUCUUCUCGGAAGUGAUCUCACUCGGUUAAGUCGAUUCCGCACCCAAGUUCUAAACCACGGUGCUACUCAGGAUGACAUCGAUUCACCGUUCGUUGCGCUACAACCUCCUGAGGGCUGUAACUACACUUUCUGCUUGGCGUCCAGUGAAGGUGUAUCCGAUCUCUUUGAUCUACCGUGUCCGUCCUCAAGUGGUACCCAGCAGCCUAGUCAGCCGAAAGUAACCAUCCCGAAGGAAAACCAAAAACUUGCUUGAGACGAAGAAAAUCCAUUAGUUUUAAAGUAGUUUUUGUUUAGCUGUAUCAUUGUUGUAGCUAUUGUGUGAGUCAACUUUUUCUUCCAACGUAAAUGCAAAAAUUCCAUGUUUAGAAUAUGUAUUUCGUGUCGUCCAUUUAUUACGUAAACACACAUGGUAAACUAAAACCAAUGCAAAAGCAUACAAAAAUUUAAACGCUAAGAUAAGAACAAAUAUUUAUUUUUGUUUUGUAACUGAUGGACGGUAAUUUCAAAUUUUAUUUGUAUAAAUCUUGACUGACACAUCACAAAUUAUUUUUAGUUUUUAUUUUAAAGCGCACCUUUAUAGUCAACUAAAAAAUAAAACAAUUAUUGUUGCUAUUAA